CCAAACAUCUAAGUGUAGAAAUGAAGUAGUUGCUGAGAGUCAUAGAGGAAGCAUAUUGAGUCUUACAUGGGUAAGAGAUGUUUCAUUUGUCUCUUUUUGCCUUGCAGGAAGAAUGCAAACAGAUACUGGCUCGGCAGAAGUCCAGUUCCCAGUCUGAUUCCCAUGACGAUGAGAUUUCUCCUCCUCCUCCCAACCCAGUAGUAAAAGCCCGACGCAGGAGAGGAGGGGUCAGUGCAGAGGUGUACACAGAAGAAGAUGCUGUUUCUUAUGUUAGAAAGGUUAUUCCAAAGGACUAUAAAACUAUGACUGCUCUGGCAAAGGCCAUCUCCAAGAAUGUGCUCUUUGCUCAUCUGGAUGACAAUGAACGAAGUGACAUAUUUGAUGCCAUGUUUCCUGUUACACACAUCGCAGGAGAAACCGUCAUACAGCAAGGUGAUGAAGGAGACAACUUCUAUGUGAUUGACCAAGGCGAGGUGGAUGUUUAUGUCAAUGGAGAGUGGGUCACCAGCAUUGGAGAAGGAGGCAGCUUUGGGGAGCUGGCACUGAUCUAUGGAACACCCAGAGCUGCCACGGUCAAGGCCAAGACAGAUCUGAAGCUCUGGGGCAUCGACAGAGACAGCUACAGGCGCAUCUUAAUGGGCAGCACACUGAGGAAGCGGAAGAUGUAUGAAGAAUUCCUGAGCAAGGUCUCCAUUUUGGAGUCCCUGGAUAAAUGGGAGCGGCUGACAGUGGCUGAUGCGCUGGAACCUGUCCAGUUUGAAGAUGGAGAAAAAAUUGUUGUGCAGGGAGAGCCUGGUGAUGACUUUUUCAUUAUUACAGAGGUAAGUUUGGCACCCUGAUCAGCUGUGUCUUUU